AUGCCGUGGGUUUUGAAUGGCAAGCGAGAGCUGGCACAGGGCCAAGAGCUGUGGCACAUCGAAAGAGGCAUCUGUGAAAGGCUCAGGAUCCCAAUUCCUGGCUGUCAUGGUGCUCCGAACUCAGUGGCAGCUGGGAGCCUCUGCCUUGGACAGAGGCUUGAUGCUGUCAACAAGUAUCUGGGAAAUGAGCACAAGUAUUACAUGACCCUCCAGCACAAGCAAGUGCUUAACGAGGUCAUGGAGACUCGGCAGUUCCUGGGGGCUGUCAAACUGAUUACAUGCAGCAAACCAGCUGAAAAAGAGCAACAGGAAGCAAUUGAACACAUUGACGAAGUACAGAAUGAAAUAGACAGACUGAAUGAACAAGCCAGUGAGGAAAUUUUGAAAGUAGAACAGAAAUACAAUAAACUCCGCCAACCAUUCUUCCAGAAGAGGUCAGAAUUGAUCGCCAAAAUCCCAAAUUUCUGGGUAACAACAUUUGUCAACCACCCACAAGUAUCUGCACUGCUGGGAGAAGAAGAUGAGGAAGCACUGCAUUAUUUGACCAGAGUGGAGGUGACAGAAUUUGAAGACAUCAAAUCAGGUUACAGAAUAGAUUUUUAUUUUGAUGAGAAUCCAUACUUUGAAAAUAAAGUUCUCUCCAAAGAGUUUCACCUCAAUGAAAGUGGAGACCCAUCUUCAAAAUCAACUGAGAUCAAAUGGAAAUCUGGGAAGGAUCUGACAAAACGUUCAAGCCAGACACAGAACAAAGCCAGUAGGAAGAGGCAGCAUGAAGAGCCAGAAAGUUUCUUUACCUGGUUCACUGAUCACUCCGAUGCAGGGGCUGAUGAACUAGGAGAAGUCAUCAAGGAUGACAUCUGGCCAAAUCCAUUACAGUACUACUUGGUUCCUGAUAUGGAUGAUGAAGAAGGGGAAGGAGAGGAGGAUGAUGAUGAUGAUGAAGAGGAAGAAGGGUUGGAGGAUAUCGAUGAAGAAGGAGAUGAAGAUGAGGGGGAGGAAGAUGAAGAUGAUGAUGAGGGAGAGGAAGGAGAGGAGGAUGAAGGAGAAGAUGACUAAUUGAACACUGAUGGAUUCCAAACCCCCUUUUUACCUUUUUAAUUUUUCUCCAGUCCCUGGGAGCAAGUUGCUGUCUUUUUUUUCUUGUGCUCAGUCGCCUUGUUCUCUUGAGGUCUCUUUUUCUCUCCUCUACACCAUGGUUCACAAUUUAUUUUGGGGGAAAUAUCUUGAGCAGAAUACAGUGGAAAAGAAUCUA